AAACACGAGGACAACAGAAUCAGAAAAACCUGUCCACAGGUAGGUAGAGAUUAGAGAAUGGGGAGUGACGAAAAGAGAGGAAGCUAUGGAGCUCACAUACUUGCAGUUCCAUAUCCAAGCCAAGGCCACAUUAAUCCCAUGCUCCAGUUCUGCAAGCGUCUCGUCUCCAAAGGUCAAAAAGCCACCAUAGCCAUCACCACGUUUCUGUCCAACUCCCUCAAACCGGUUUCCGACACCGUCGGGAUCGACACGUUCUCCGACGGCUGCGACGAAUCCGGAUUCGCGCAGGCCGCCGACGCCGACGACUACCUGAACCGGCUCGUGGUGACCGGUUCGAAGACCCUGGACGAACUGAUCCAGAAGUACCAAAACUCCGGUUCUCCGAUCGACUGUGUCGUUUAUGACUCGUUUCUGCCCUGGGCGGCGGAAGUGGCUAAGAAAUAUGAGGGAUUGUAUUCGGCUAGCUUUUUUACCCAGGCAUGUUCAGUGACUUAUGUGUACUAUGCCGUGAACCAUGGGAUGUUGCCGGUGCCGGUGACUUCGACGCCGGUGAGACUUCCGGGUCUGCUGCCGCUGGAGCUGCCGGACAUGCCAUCAUUCAUUUACCAGUACGGAUCUCGUCCCGCUUAUUUUAAGCUUCUGAUGCAGCAGUUUCUGAAUCUGGAAAAGGCGGAUUUUGUUCUUAUUAACUCGUUCCUCAGCUUGGAGGCAGAGGUAUUGGAAGCAAUGUCCAAAACGACUCAAUUUCUCACUAUUGGGCCGACAAUCCCAUCUUUCUACUUAGACAACCGGGUCGAAAACGACACCGACUAUGGGCUCAACUUAUUUCCCUUGGACCCGUCAACGAGCUGCGUUGACUGGCUAAACACCAAACCCGAAGGAUCAGUCAUUUACGUUUCAUUCGGAAGCAUGGCCGACCUAGACGAAAAACAGAUGGAAGAGCUUGCAUGGGGCUUAAAGAACAGCAACAUUCCCUUCCUAUGGGUGGUCAGGCGCUCCGAAGAGUCAAAGCUGCCGAAAGGGUUCAUCGACGGUGAGCUGGUCGUGGGCCGAGGCGGGGCAGACCAGGCCACGGCGUCGGGCCUGGUCGUGAACUGGUGCCCUCAGCUAAAAGUGCUGGCGAAUAAAGCCGUGGGGUGUUUCUUCACUCACGGGGGGUGGAACUCGACCAUUGAAGCUUUGAGCAUAGGGGUGCCGAUGGUGGUCAUGCCGCAGUGGACGGACCAGACGAUGAACGCCAAGCUAGUGGUUGACAUGUGGAAGGUUGGGAGAAGGGUUAGGGUUGGGGAGGAUGGGUUGGUCAGUAGAGAAGAAGUAGAGGGCUGUGUUAGGGAGGUGUUGGACGAGGUAAAGGGUAAGGAAAUGAAGGAAAAUGCUGUGAAGUGGAGUCGUUUGGCUAAGGAGGCACUGAGUGAAGGUGGGACUUCUGAUCAAGUUAUUGAACAAUUCUUAUCAGCAUUGACGACCACAUAUUAGCUUUUUUUUUUGCAUUUUUUAUCUUUGUGUGGCAUAUAUAUAUAUAUAUGUGCUUUGCAUGCAUUAUUUAUGUGUAAUUAUUGUUUGAGAAGAAUAAGAAUUGCUUAAUGUAGAAGCAAAACAUUGACAAGUUCAAAAAUAAAACGAAGCAAGUUUUAUUUCAUAGUGAUUGAAAUGAAUAUGGUUGUGAUACAACUGUUAAGCCAGUUUUAUUUUGAAUACGCCAUUAUUGAACAUAGUUGUGGAGUACAUUAUUGCUUUGAUU